AAUCGAAUCUGGUGUGGAAGAAUCUUUUGGCAUGACCGACCAAAAAAGUGAGCGUUGUGAAUGCAACAAGUUGAUGACGUCAUAAAAGCCAGAAGAGCUGUGAUAUAAUGUCAGCAAACACGGAACACUCACGAAACAACCUCCCAGGACCAGUCGCCCUGCCCACUUUUUUGCUUCCGCUUGCUUGAUGAUGGUUGAUGGCAUCUUCUAGCUAGCUAGUCUACCUUAUCAUCAUACUGUAGACUGAUUGAUCCAAGCAAGCAGCAAACAAGAGCACCACCAUGAGUAUCGACGAUGAGUUUCACGAUGCCGAGGAAGAUUUUCAGGAUGCCACUGGCACGGCCUAUCCAGAACUAACCAAAGAGAUAGUGCACGAGAUUCUAGAGUCACCGAUACCCUAUGCCAAUGACGAAGAAAAAGAGACCUGUCAGCGAAUGGUGGAGGAAUUGAGUCCAGAGGAACAGACCACCGCUGCCUGCACAUCCUAUGCCUACUGGUUUGCCAUGACCACGCUCGAGGAGGAACCAUCGGAACAAGACACGCUCAAAAUGGCACGGCGAGAAGCUAGGCGUCAUUUGGUGGCAUCGGCACAUGAUGAACAGGCUGCCAUGGAUCGAUUGAGGGCAUGCCUCCAAUUUCGAAAGGAACGACGCCUGGAUUUGUUGCGUGUCAUGUAUUCUACCUCUCCAUCAUCCAGUAAUAAUAGCCAACAACUCACUCCCGAAGAAGAAGGGCUCCAAAUCAAAUACAGGGCUAAUAUUGAAGAAGAAUUGAAAUUACGACAACCAUUCUUUGUCCGAGGCAAAGAUCGAGACAAUCGAGCCGUGGCCGUUCGGAUGGGGCGACAGUCUUCCGAAACCAACCAAGAAGGAUACAUCACCACCAUGCUUUACGUCGCCGAACGAGCCAUUGCCGCCACGGAAUUCCACAGUCGAGGCACCCAAGAAAAGGUACUGGGGGUGAUGGAUUUUGAAGGAUAUUCCUCCAGCAAUGCGCCACCCAUGUGGGCCAUUAAGGAAUCGCUCUCGUCUUUGCAAAAUCAUUAUCCCGAACGAUUAAAGACCGCCAUCAUCACCGAACCAGCCUUUUGGAUGAAGGCAACCUACAAUCUCUUGUAUCCACUCAUGUCGGAAGAUACACGCGACAAGGUGCAAAUGGCAUAUGGAGAGGCCAAGGAGGAGACUAUUCGCAAACUCAUUGCCCCAGAACAGGCCAUGCCUUUUAUGAUGCCAGAAGCAAAACUCGUGUCUCCAUUUGAUGCGGACAAAUUCUUGAACCAUGUGCCCUUUCAUUGCCUCUACGAUGAUUGAUUGUGCUUGACAUAAUAUUAUGCUUUGUUUUGAGAUAAGGAGUCGAAGACUCUAAAGACCCAAACAGCAACGUAACAGGCACAACUCAAAAGAAGAUAGAUAGCUAACGAACUCAAUUCUACAACUUAUAACAGUGACGCUGCACUAUCCACCAAGUAAUGCGUUGAUAAGAACAACGUUUUUGUAUUUAACUGUCUG